GCAUGGGACGUCAUAACUCAGUGCACGUUUCACGCGGAUGGUCACUUCUCUUACACCUUUUUAUGAGUACUAGUGGAAAAAAAACAUGGUACACUGAUCAACCCAGCUGCAAGUGGUCCUUUUGAAGAGGGAAGACGAGAGACUGCUGCCUGUGCUCAGUACAGAUACUAUCUGGGUGAGAAUAACCAGAGUUUUCAUAUCACUUUAGGACUGAGAUAUCUGUUCAAAAGAAGCAGAAACCGAAGAAAAAAAAGUUGCGGACCGCAAACUCAACAGCACAGGCUUUGUUGAUCUUUGAAAAAGGAAAUGAAUUUCACAAAGAAAUGUCCAAAUUACCUAUCUAAUGACUCAGCCAUGGUCUUAGCAGUGUUAAAUGGAGUUUCUGCAAUUUUUGCUGUUGGUGGGAAUACACUCAUUCUUGUCGCAAUUUACCGCAAGACUUAUCUUCAGACCGUGUCAAACUUCUUCCUCGGUUCCUUAGCAGCUGCAGACCUAUUGGUCGGGCUGCUGAUGAACCCUUUGAACAUUGUCAUGAAUACUCUUCAAGCGUGGGUGCAAUUUGACGGCAUCUGGAUGAAACUGCAAUCGUUUUUAUGGAUUCAAUUGACGACCGCAACUACUUUCAGUCUUACUGCAGUAACGUUUGAUCGUUUUUUGGCAGUUAUGAUGGCUCUUCGAUACAAGGAAACCGUUACGAGUUUUAAAUGCUUUUUAAUCGUAUUUUUUAACUGGGCGUUUUCCAUCUUUUUUGGAUCCAUGACAUUUUGGCUUCCAAAUGAACAAAUGACAAGUCUUUGGAGUGCUUGCGCAUUCGUUACAGUGGUAGUCCCGCUAACAGUGAUAUCGUUUUGCUAUGUGAGGAUGUGUAAAACGGCCUUUUUACACACAAGACGCAUUGCUUCUCAGAAUCGACUCCCAACCUUACAAAAACAGAUAAACCACAAGCGUAGACAAACCAAAGCGACCUGGACAGCCGCUGUCAUAAUUGUAGUUUUUGUCUUCUUAUUUCUACCCAGUUUUAUCAUCAACUGUCUUCAAAUCCUUAACAAAGAUCGUUGCCGUAUGAACUAUUACCAGUCCAUUUGGGCCUGGGUGUCGUUCGUUUCCUACAUUAGUUCAUCUAUCAAUCCAUGGAUUUAUGCUAUUAGGAGUGAUGAAUACAGAUUAGCUUUUAAAUCCAUAUUUAUGUUGAACACCGCUGGAGAACCGUCUAGAUUUGGUAGCAUUUUCGAUAGAUCAAAAGUAGAAACCACUGGUGGCGUUAUUAAAAGACAAGGCACGCCUACCCAAGAGCGCCAUGACACUUUUCACAUUGAAAACUGUCAAGAGAAUGAGGCUUCACCUGGUAACAAAUACCCCUAUGAAGUGGGAGCCCGCCAGGAGAGAUGAUUAAGGAAUUAAAGGGGGUUAAAGAACUCAGCAUGGUUCGUCUUAUAAUGAUGUGUAAUAAAUAACAGACUACUUUACCUUGGGCACAUUUUCUCUAUUUCAGACCACAUGUCAUUCUCUUGAGAAUAAUAUUCAUAUGUCUCCUCAUGUGCAACCGUUAAACACAGAAAUAAUGCUCAAGGGAAUGAAAUAUGGCCUAGAAUGGAAAAAAUACACCUAAUAUAAAGAAGUCUAUUGCUAUGACAUGUGGCCAAGAAUUGUUUUUGUGUAAAUAUUACAAGGUAAAUAUAAUGGAAACAAAACGAAUAAAAAAAUAAAAGGAGGAAGAAAGAAUGAAAGGGAGUGAACAAGUGGAAAACCAGGAACUAAGAAAUGGAAAGGAAUAAGCACAUAAUAUUAGAUAAACUUAAUAAUUAAUAAACUUAAUAAACUUGAUAUCACAAACUAUACACAUGUAUAUAUGUAUUAUAAAGACCUUGAUGUAUCAUACUGUACAUUAAACUUAGUA